ACCAACAAACAAAUCAAAACAAACAAUUUGUGCAGCAUGCUGUUCUUCAGAGUGAAUCUUUAAUAAAAAAAUAGAUUUAUUUUGAAUACAAUGGAUAAACCAAUUAAAUUUGCCUUACCGUCACCAAAUUUUAAUAAAAAUGCUAAAGAUGCCUGCAAACCAAAACCACACUUUCUUACUCCUUCGGGUAUGUCACUGCUACCACGUGAGAAACAACCGCCACCUAUGUAUGGUAAGCAUGGAGCAACAGUGCCACCCAGAUAUCUACAACAACAGCGGCUUGUAAGUGAUAAAUCAACUAUAGCGGAUACACCACCACCACCUCCGGAAAAGCAGUACUGUGAGCCUUGUGAAUUAGAGUUAAAUUCGCUGGAAGAUUUAAAACGCCAUCGGGCUCAACAUGAAAAAUGUCCAGUAGCGGGUUGUCUCUAUAAAGGCCAUCCCUCGGUAAUGGAUAAACAUGUAAAUGCCCUUCAUGCCUCGGGAUUAUUCGAUAAAUUUAAAAAGCUUAGUACGCCGGAGGAAAUAGCUGCCUGGCGAGAUGAAAGACGCAAAAGAUAUCCUACACUAGCAAAUGUUUUGUUAAAGAAAAAGGCACAAGAACAAAGACAAAAACGUGGCGAACGUUUAGAGGCAAAUAAAAAUCGUUUUGGUAAGCCCAACGAUAGAAAACGAGCACAACCCAAUGAUCCGGAAAAUACUAAUCCAGUAGAGGAAAAAAAGCCUAGAGAAGAAGGCAAAUCAAAUCAGAAAAAUAAUAAAAGAAAUCGCAAUAAAAACAAACGUAAUCAGAAGAAUAAUAAAAACAAUCAAGAUGAUAAACCUAAAGUACAGAAUUCGUCUAAACCUAAUAAUGAAAAGAAGGAAGAGGAAAAUGAUCUUGUAUGUGGAGGAAUAAAAAUGUUUACAGGAACUAGCCAAAUGAAGGACUAUAAACAUUUUAAUGAUAAGAAAAAAUUAGUAACAAGUAAUGCUUUAUUUGGACUAGUGGGAAUGUAUGGUUCCGAUGAUGAGGAUGACGAUAAUGAGGAAUCGGAAGAAAAUGAAAGUGUUGGUGGGCAGAACGAUAAAGAUAAGACCAAAAUAGUAGAAGCCAUUAGCGAAUUAACAGAUCAAAAUGAAAAUAUGGAGACUGAAACUGAAAAACUUGUAAAUAGUAGUUUUAUAAAGGAGGAUAUUGAAGUAAGUAGUGAAAAAUUACCGAAUGAAGAUAACUCCGAAAAAAUACCGAAAGAAGAUAGCUCAUCCUCACAGCAAGCUUACAACUCUAACGAUAUUAGCGAAGAUAAAACAGAUACUCCCAACAAUAGGAAUAUGCCUAUAAAUGAAAAGAAACUUACAGAAGACGUAAAUGAAAAUGCUACCCCUAAGGACAAUUCAUCCGACGAAGCUCCUGAAGAAACACCUAUACAACGAAGUAUACCAGACUAUCCUGUUAAAUCGUUGAGCAAUCCAAACAAAACUUCUAUAGAGGAAACAGUAGAAAAGCGAAAUAAUCAAACGGAGAAAUCGCCUAGUAUAUCUAAACCAAAACAAGCUGUAAAACGGAAAUCAGGUUUAGAUUAUCGUAAGGCUCGUUUGCGUAAACAAAAUACUAUGCUGGAAAAAUUACUUGAAGCGGAUAUAAGACAUGAGAGAAACGUAUUGUUACAGUGUGUACGUUAUGUAUGCGAAAAUAAUUUCUUUGGCAUUGGUCAAAAAAGUCAAGAAAAACCUGAUUAAAACUAGAAGAUUAAAAUAUAUACUUAGUUAUUAAACCAA